GUGACAAGUUUACGUUAUAUUCACUCGUUUGAAGUUCUGAUACUGACUCGAUAACCGAUUUCGCUCAUAGAAGCGCGGGUUUUAUCGUUAGCGAAUGCACUUUCGCGAUUUUCGACAUUUGCCAUUAAUUUCGCUCGUGGGUAGUAAUCUUGAUGCUGGAUCGAAGCAAUCGUAUAGAAUUGCUUGUUUAUUUUUAUCAACUGUAGACGGGAGACGACAGGUAACGUAAAAACAAAAUUCAAACAUUCAUUCAUCAAAAUUAUUCCAUUUUUUUACCAUUUCAGCGUUCUCUCUUCUUACUCGCUUUUUAAUAAUCUCGUCGGCAUUCGUGAAUCUUUUAUCCAUGAUUGAAUUAUCUCAUUUUUAAUUGUGUAACGUGUAAAAAUUUUCAAAUUUAAUUACUAUCAGUGAAGAUAUUUAAAAAUAUUGAUAGUUAAUUUAUUUCAAUUUAAUGAAUAUUAUAUUAUUUUAAAAAUAUUUUUUAAUAAUUUUUGGUCAUCUAUUUAUAAUAUCUAUUUAUUAAGCGUAAAAAUAAGUUCUGUUGUUAUGAUGUUAUAAUGUAAUCAUUUUUCACGAAGACCGAGAAAGAUUUACUAUUAUCUUUAUAUCUUUAUAUAAUGUUAUAUUUUUUUUAAAAUUUUUAUAUAAAUAAUUAUUUAAUUUAAUAAGAAUAACAAUAAUAAUAACAAUAAUAUGUUCCACGAUAUUGCGAAAUAGAAGGGAAAACACUUCAGUAUUGCACUAUUGUAUAAUAUUUGAUUAAAUAUUAUAUUAUAUAUUAUAUUUAAUAUAUAAUAUUAUAUAUUAAAUAUUAUAUAAGAUAAAAGAUAUGUACAAUAAAAAUAUUAAGAUGAAAAUAUUAAAUGAAGUAAGAAAGAAAAUGAAAUUUUGAUUGUAUAUUAAUAUGGACAGAUAUUGUUUCCGGAUACGUCUUUCGGAAAUCUGUAGGCACGAUCGAAUUUGACUAGUUCGAAUGUAAAAGAAAGAUUAUAAUUUUAAAAUAAUUUCAUUUACCAACGUUUUGGUCAUUAAGAGAAAAAAAAUAAAUCAAAUCAAACAAGCAAGUCAAAGAUGAAACUUCCUGAUAUACGUUUACGAUUUGAUAAAAUAAAAAUUAUUCUGUUGGUGCAGUAAAGAGAAAAAGUUUGAACCAGGGCGGGUCAUUAGAGAAAUUGGCUUUCUUUUUUAACAAGUUCUGGUUUAAGGUGUGUGAAAAUGCCGGAUACUAAGGCAAUUGCACAGCUGACAAUCACAACGUGAGCAGUUGUUCGUUUCGCGGAUCAUCCGGGGGAUAAUGAUUACAGAACAGACCUGGAGCAUGAUGCUGGACAGUGAUGUCGCGGGCAUCAAUGAGUAAGUAUUUACCUUUUCCAUUACUUUUCUUUUAUUUUUUUUACACGCGAUGAAAAAAAAUGAUAGUAGGUACAUAAUUGUAUCAUGCAAGAAAGACACUCAAUUAUUUCUUUGUUUAAUGCGACACAUCAUUAACACAAUAACACUGUUCGGUUGAGUAUUUCCCCGAGGAAACAAUUAUGGAUCAAGGCUGUGAAGAAGCUAACUUCCGAGCGGCUGGGGAGGGAAGGAUUGGCGGCAUGGGAAGACCGGAAGUCCAACAACGAUCCGGAAGUUCCAGACAUCAACGAAACAACCGAUCCAAUCGAGGAUGCGGAUAUUUCUACCGACCCGGAUGUAGUUCUUGCUGAGGAGCCUGUUGAUACUGAAUCUCAAGCACAACGAGAUGUUUUCAAGAAAGGCGUGCUUUAUAAGGGAAUAUUUUGUCCAUCGCUGUCAAAUAGCUUUCAUAGCAAACAAUUAGAGACGUCAUAUUUGCAUUAUUCAAAUCGUCAACGGCAGAAAUCAUUGAUCAUGUUGAAUAUCGUUGAUCUUAGCCUAAAGAUCAUUCUUAUGGCGAUAUGGUUAUGGAAGAGAGACAAAAAUAGUAGUGGUUUAGUCGAGUCCUUAUCCUGGGCAUCCUGCUGUAUGGCGGCAAACUUGGUUGUUUGCAUUCUUGGCUGGUGGCGGUGUUUUUCCAAUAAUUAUUUAUAUUGGGCUUCCAUAUUCACUUGGUUACUGAUCAAUUCACAAGGUUUUAUAGGAGCUGGUUUAGAUUUCUCUAGUCAACAACGUCUUAUGUGGUAUAUUUUGUUUGUCGUAUACGCACCGUACGCCAUGUUGCCAUUACCUUUGAGAUGGUGUGUCCUUGCCGGUUAUGGGACAGCUUUAACUCACAUGGUGAUGGCGGGAAUAACUUUAUUACGAGAUCCAACAUAUUUGCAUGAUAUUACGUGCAUAGUUCGUAUGCUAACAACCAACGUCCUUCUUUAUCUUGCAAUGAAUCUAGCUGGCAUGUACACUAAGUAUUUGACAGAUAGAGGACAGAGACAGGCUUUUCUUGAAACACACAGAUCUAUGGAAACCCGACAACGGACUCAAAAUGAGAACAAUCGACAAGAAAAGUUACUUCUUUCUGUUUUACCAGAUUUCGUGGCUAAAGAAAUGAUCCGUGAUAUUGCUCGUGAAACUGCUCGAGGUGGAACGAUCUCUUUCACACCUAAUCAAUUUCAUAGAAUAUAUAUUCAUCGUUACGAAAAUGUUAGCAUACUUUUUGCUGAUAUCAAAGGUUUCACUGCUUUGGCCAGCCAGUGUAGUGCUCAAGAACUCGUCAAAGUAUUAAAUGACUUAUUCGCUCGUUUCGACAAGCUUUCCGCAGAAAAUCAUUGUUUACGUAUUAAAUUACUUGGAGAUUGUUAUUAUUGUAUAUGUGGAUUACCAAUUGCCAGAAGCGAUCAUGCUCAUUGUUGUGUGGAAAUGGGUUUGCAUAUGAUUAAAGCAAUAAGAGAUGUGCGAUAUACAACAAAGGUUGAUUUAAAUAUGAGAAUAGGGAUUCAUAGUGGCUCAGUAUUGUGCGGCGUACUUGGUCUUCGAAAAUGGCAAUUUGAUGUUUGGUCUUACGAUGUAACACUGGCUAAUCAUCUCGAAAGUGGAGGAAUACCGGGAAGAGUACAUAUAUCGGAAGAUACUUUAAAUUGUUUGAAUGAUGUAUAUGAAGUGGAGCCGGGAAACGGAACCGAAAGGGAUAAUUAUUUAAAAGAAAGGAAUGUAGUUACGUAUUUAAUUAAACAGGUGGAACCUUUAAGAUCAAGACGACGAUAUUCUUCGCGACCAAAAAUAUGGUCUGAAGAUGAUAUGAAUAAAGGUAAAAAGAGCUUCAAAUUGAACAAUCCAUUAGCUACAAAUAGUAGUGCUCCAAAUUCCUCCACUGAAGAUGAUAUUGGCGUAGACUGGACACCAGAAAUACCAUUUGAAAACUUAAAUACUGCAACAUCGGUUAGUAAUUUGGAAUCAGAAUACCUUGAGGAAGAAAAUGGUUCUGCAAAGAGUAAUAAAGCUGUGUCUGCUGCAUCCGUUGAAAAAUUGAAAACUGCAGGUCUUGAAACCGCGAGUAAUAAGCGCAUGAGAUCGGCGAAUAUAAAUGCUUGGACUUUGCGUUAUAAUGAUGAAAGUUUAGAAUCAAAGUUUGGUCAAUUACGCGAGGAUAUGUUUAAAUCCAAUAUGAUUUGUUGUUUUGUCGUAUGGAUAUUUAUUGCAAUUUGUCAAGCGGUAAUAUUACCAGACUGCAUUAUUCUUUUGGCUUCGUUACUAUUGACGACACUCAUUUUAGUAGCAUUGUCUAUUCUAGUGAUGGCGGAAGAAUUCAAAACUUUGCCAACAUAUUUACAACACGCUUCUUCGAUGUUAGUUCACAACAAGCAGCACCGAACAAUCUUCAUAUGUAGUGUAAUUAGUUUGAUGGCUUUGACAUCGAUCGUUAGUGUUUUAGCGUGUCCAAUGUCGAUUCGACAAUAUCCUGAAGCUCUGGAACUCCAACAGCAAUCACUAAUGAAUCCAACGUUGCAACCAGAACGAUUGGUAGCGCCAACUGUUGGUCUUGAUCAAUUUAUUUUGACAUUUCUGGAAGCUGCUCUUCGUGAUGAAUCUUCAGAAGAACAAAAGGACAUUUCUUCUAAAGAGAAUCAAACUGUAUCCUAUAGUUCUAAUGAUGAAGAACUACGAACGAAUCUUAUCAAGGCCAGGGCUAGUCUGGCGAAAGGUCAAAGAAGAAAAGAGUUUUUCAGGGAUGAAGACAUCAUCUCGAGAAGAAUCUUGUCGACAUCGGAAACAAAACCUCAAGUGGAAUCUUUGUAUUCGUUGGAUUAUGACGAGGAUAUCGUUUUGGGGACUUGCGUUAGACCGGAAUACAUUGUAUUCACGUGGAUCUUAUGUUUGAUUGCAUUAGCUUCUGCAUUGAAAUUAUAUUAUUUAGUAAAGACGGCAUUGGCUACAAUCAUCGUGUCCAUUUAUGCCGUAUUGAUUCUCGUAGUUUGCAAGGAUUUCUUUACGAUUCCUAAUGAAGAGGAUUCGAUGUCGAUACCUCUUUCGGCACAAAUGCUUACCUUUCUAUUAGUAUUCUUGGUGAUGGUUACAUAUCACGGUAGAUUAGUAGAAGUAACAUCUAGAUUAGAUUUCCUUUGGAAACAGCAAGCUGAAAGAGAGUUAAGUGAUAUGAUUGAAUCACGGCACAAUAACAUGCAACUAUUGAAAAAUAUAUUACCAGACCACGUAGCUCAUCAUUUUUUAACCCAAGACAGAGCACCUGAGGAAUUAUAUUCUCAAUCACGAGAUAAAGUUGGAGUGAUGUUCGCUAGUGUACCAAAUUUUACAGAAUUUUAUUCAGAAGAUGUUAAUAAAGGAAUGGAGUGUAUACGUUUAUUGAAUGAAAUUAUUGCUGAUUUUGACGAACUCCUGGACGAAAAUCGAUUUCAUUGCAUAGAAAAAAUAAAAACAGUCGGAGCUACUUAUAUGGCAGCUUCUGGUCUCAAUCCUUGCCAAAAUGAUAAAAAUAAAGAUGAUAUGGAGCAUUUAUGUAGACUAGUGGAUUAUGCAGUAGCUAUGCGACUUCGUCUUGAAGAUGUAAACAUACAUUCGUUCAAUAAUUUUGAUUUAAGAGUAGGUAUAAGCUGUGGUCCAUUAGUAGGAGGUGUAAUCGGUGCUCGAAAACCUGUAUUCGAUAUUUGGGGUAACACGGUAAAUUUGGCUUCCCGUAUGGACUCUACAGGUGUUAUGGGAAAAAUACAAGUUCCACAGGAUAUUGCUAGAUUUUUGGAAUCGAGAGGAUAUCAGACACAGAAGAGAGGACUUAUCGAAGUUAAAGGAAAAGGAACAAUGGAGACAUAUUUCGUAUUGGGCAAAGGGACUUUGCAACAAGAAAGUUCGACUAAGCAUACUGCAAGGUGCCGAAGUCUUGCAGCAGUUGUUUAUGGUGUCGUUCAAGCACGUCGUAAGCAAAUGCGGGCACUUAGAAGGACAUAAGUAUCAUAUUUAUAUCAAACAUUUUUUUUUGAUUCGUUGGUGCCUACUUAUGUAUGUACAAAUGGUUCACCUUUAAAUUAGCAGUUAACGUAUAAGGUAAGAUAAAAUGAUCGAUUUCUUUAUUUUUAAAGAUAAAAAAUUUUUUAAAAAUUAUUCAUUGGAGAAAAGAUUUAAAUGAAUUCAUAUUUAUAUUUUCUCAUUAUUUUGACAUUAUUAAUAACUAUUGUUAUUAUUUUAUUCUUAUUAUAUUAUUAUUUUAUUGCUUAGAAAAACUAUUUUAAAUAAUUAUUAUAAUAUUAAAUAAUUUAUUUAAAUCUACUUUUAAUAAUUUCGAACAUUUUUUUUCGUGUUAUAAAAAAUUGUUUAUUUAUAAACAAAAAAGAUUGUAUAUUUUGAAUAUUUCUCAGAAAAGUUUAUUCGAAAAAACAUAAUGUGAUAUUUUAUUCGAAUGUAAUUUAUUGCUAGUAUAUUAUAUUAUAUUAUAUUAUAUUAUAUUAUAUUAUAUUAUAUUAUAUUAUAUAGUAUAUUAUAUUUGCUUAAAAUAUUUUUUCUUCAUCUUAAUAUAAGAAUCAUUAGAUAUUUUAGAUGAUUCUUCCAGUAUUAAAAUUUAAAAAACAAUAGACAUUUAUAAUUAACAUAUUACCCAAUACAUUUUCUUUUUUGGAAAAUUGGAUAAUAUAUUAAUAAAUAUGUUCUAAUAAUAUUUAUGAUUAGAUCAAUGUAAAUUAAUUCCAUUUUGUAUCUCUAUUGUUAAAUUAUUCAACUCAUUUUUUUUUUUUAGCAAUUAUAUAGAAAUAUAAUUUUUGCUUUUUGCUUAUUCUAUUAUUUAAGAAUAUUUUAAUAAAUGUAAAAGUAUGAUAAUUAUUAUUUAUAAAGAAUUAUAAAAUAGUGAUAUUUUAUUUUAUAAAUGAAUAUAUUUCAAAAAGUAUUUUGAAUUAAAUAAAAAAAGGCAUUAAAAAAUACAAAGUAUUUACAAAUAAAUUCAUUAAUAGAAAGUUUCAAGUAUACUUCAAAGUUAUUUAUUUUUUAUUUAUUAAUAACUUUAAGUAAAGUUCAUUUAAAUUUUGCAAUUUAAUUUUUAAAACUAAAAUUUUUUAAUGAAAUCAUUAAAUAAAGCUUUAAUUAUAAAAUUAUUCAAGGUAAUAUGGAUAUUCUUGAAGUAUCCUUGAAAUUAUGACUUAUCGACUUUCUAUUGAUAGUUGUAUUUUUAAUUCAUUAUAGUUUUCAUUAUAUAUCUAUUUAUACUUAAGUUAAAAUAAAUUUUUUUAGAAAAAAAAUUUAUUUUCUUUAAAUAAAAAAUGAUAUAAAACUUUUUUAAAUAAUUAAAACUACGCAAUUGUUGCAUAAUUAAAAAUAAAUUUUAAUUUAUAAUAAUUUACAAUAAUUUUGAUUAUAGAAUUAAUCGAUAAUCUUACGAAUCAAUUUUAUGUUCAACAUAUUAAUGAAUUCCAAUAAAUUUUUAAUUUAUUGGAAUUCAAUAUUGAUAUAUGAUUAUAAUUGAAUUAUAAUAUGACACAUUCGUUGUGAUAAAUAUAAAUAAAUUAAUAAUUAAAAAGACUAAAAUAAUUAAUUAAAUAUACUUUGUUCCAUAUAUAAUGAAUGACAAAGAAUUUCCUGAAUUUGUUGUUGAAUUUGAUUUAAUUUUAAGUUGAUAUGUUAUGAGGAAAUAAGAAAUAAUGCAAAUAGUAUUUUUGGGAAAAGUCAAUUUAAUAAUAAUUGCAGGGCAGCAGCGUUUGUGUUGAUAAUCAUAAUGUACAGCACAGUCGAGCUCUGUGUAACUCUAUAUUACAUUAUUAUGGUAAACACAAUAUAUUUUAAUUAACUGCAAUAAUAAUUCAUGAUAAUAAUAGUUGUAAUGAUAAUAAUAAGGCUAGCUACAGCAUGAUCUCCCGCAUAAAAGGAUCACCCGAUCCAAACUGUACACUUUUACAACAUACUUCAUAAUAAUAAUCUAAUUACAUUAAUUAUAAUUAGGUAAUCAUUACAAUCUGAACCUAAUUAGAAGAAUGUUUGCGACACGUAGGAGGGACCGCAUGCCUUGACUUUUCGAGAAAUUAAUGCGAAAGACUAAAAAAAACUCAUGUUCCCCAUAUAUUUUCUCUAUUUUAAAAUUCUACGUAUUCCUGUGUCUAAAGUGAGGGAAGUUUUGUGUAUGAAUCUACAUUGAUUUCUCGAAAGCAAAGGUAUUUUUCUUUCUUUUAAAAUGUUCUUUUCCAUUCUUUCUUUUUUUUUUCAUUUUGUCUCUUUUUUCAGGUAUAAAGGCACUGUACACGUAAACAUAUAAUAUUAUAGAAGAGCGCUAUAGGCGGUCCAGAUGGUACUUUUUAAACAGUAAAACGUGCCCGUUUAAAAAUAUCAAUAUGAUCUUUUUUCUUUUUUCCUUUUUCAUUUAUUUAUUUUUUUCUUUCAUUGUUACGAUGCUACGCACUUAAAAUAGGGAGCGGUUUCCUUCGAUUCUAGCUGCAUUGGUCAACGCUAUAUUCUCUUCGAUAUUAUAUCUUAAACAUUAAGAAAAAAUAUAGAUGACUAUUAUAUCAGAAUGUGCAGAAUUCACGGUAACUAUUUAGGAGGAAAUAAUUGGUCAAUGCGAUCAGAAGUUAAGAAAACGCUCCGGUUUAAAGGUGGGAUUUGUUUAUCACAAUUUGGCAGUGAAUGUUUUCACAUUUAAAAUACAGUUUUACAAGUUUUAAGCUACGUGUUUUGUGAAUUAGGUAUCAUAAUUUUUUUCGUUUUCAUUUUCCAUGCUAUGGUUUGCUACAUUUCGCUUUACAUUACAGACGAAUUCGAAAAUAUUAUUUCUUCUUUGUUAUAGUCAGUUGUACAGAAAAAAUAAACUUUUUUUUAUGUUUGUUUUGUUAACUUCAUUUGGUAAGUCAGAACUUAAACACUUCAUAUAUUAUUUAGCGAAAAUACGUUUUAUGUAUGUCCUUUAAUUUUUUGUUUUUGUUAUUUUUUCCUUUGCUUUUCGAAGUAUAUACGCAAUUUCGUAUGUGCGCCAUUUUAUGAAUUUUAAAAUAUUUCUGAAGAUGAAAUGAUACAAAGGAAUUUCUUAAUUUCUUUUGAUAAUUUUCUAGCAUUUGUGCGCAAUACUAAAUUGCAUAAUUUUCUAAAAUUCACCAAUGUUACAUUAUUCCUUGAUCAGUAUCAAAAUACAAGACUUUGAAAAAUCUGCUUAUGUGCAGAAUAAACAACUGAGUGAUUAUUAUAAAGAUGUAUUUGUUAUAUAAUUCUGCUCUCCUACUUAUUCUCUGAUUUUACAAAAAUCAAAUAUUUACAGUUACUUACAUUUUAUUAAAUGAUAAGUUAAUAUAACUACUGUUCUCAAGUUCUCUGACUUUUUUCCAUUAAUUAAAUUUAUUAAA